GGUCUAAUUACCAAUAUUUAUUGUUGUUGAAUACAUGCAGACGUCUAGGGCAGCGAAGGCCUAUUUAACUUGACCCUUUCCAUGGAGGAUCCGCAUUUAGAUUCGGUUUUUAGAAGAAGAGCAUACUUUUAGCUGACAAUUGUGAUAGUGAUGAUUUGUGAUACAGUGCUUGUAAGGAAUAUUCUUGGCUGCUCCAAGAUGAGUUUAUAUGUGAUAAUUUUGACAGUAUUUUUGACCUGCCACUUCACGUCAAGUGCUGCAAUUUCAGACAAACCUCCUGCCAAGAGGUCUAUCAUCAACGCAUAUCCAGACACAUCCAGGUAUGGCGAGGUGUUUCGUCCACAAGAUUCAUCCGAAAAUUUGCUUAAAAAUUUCCUCGCAGACGAGAAGAACAAGCACUUUAUCAUCACCCAGAACGGAGACCACGUCUCCCAAAUCCCUCUCAUGGAGCAUGACAGUUCCGAAGAUUACUACGACUACGACGAAUCGGAACAUGUGCUUGCAGAUGAGAAUAGUAGCAAUGAAAUUGAUUCUGGUACUAAGAAGAAAUAUCUGCAAAAAAGAAAGACUGAUGAAGCUGUGGAAGUACCGGACUACAUUGUGAAUUUUUUCAUCGAACAGAAAAUACUCAGAGAACAGAGAGAAAAGGAACGCAGAUGUAAGGAAGAACAGACCUAUUAUACUAGAACGCCACCUCCAAACUCUGAUAUCAACUUGGUUUUACAUACCAGAACCAAAUACCCAUCAAAGAUUGAUUAUAACAUAUUUGAUUUGAAAACAAAUACAGAUACGUCAAAUGAUGAGCUGCAUGAAGAAUCUGAAGACUACGAUGGAGAACCUGAUUACGAAGAAGAAGGCUCUGAAGGUGAUUUUGUUCCAGAAUCCCAGGAUCAUAUCACAUCAAUUGCUGCUACAACCAUAACAACCGCACAACCCGAAGAACCGCGUCCACGAUGGAACAGCAUCAAAAACGUACUCUCCAAUGUAUCCAACUACAAGCGACCCCAAAAGGUCGAUCGCUAUAUUUCCAAACAACCCGGCGAAAAGCAUAGGAGUAGAAGGAGUACUUCUAAGAAGGAGAAAACUCACCGAAAACCAUUUAGAGAUAUUUUGUACAAGAUCAUACCCAAGCAGUACGCUAAGAGGUAUAUUGCACCGAAGUACUUUCCAAAGACUUUUAGGGUGACAUCUAAGGUAUAUCCCGUACUGACUAAGGAGAUACUGAGGAAUGAGCUUCACGAUCCUGCAAAAGGAAAAACUGCACAUCUUCAUGAAGAUUCUAGCACAAUGAGCCAGGUCGGAUUAGAGGAUGUUUUCAAUCAUGACAUUCGCAGAAAUAGAAGAAAUGAGCGACCAAUUGACGUUGUGGGAAGCUUUGAGCAAGUUUGGUAACUGAACGCAUGUACUAUCAUUCUAGUUGUUUAUCAAAAUUUUUGUCAUUCAAGCUCCAUAGCGUUGGAGUAUAGAAACAGCUUUAUGCACUAGUGUUAUGCACUGUUAAUUAGUUAGUCGAAAAUUCUUGUUUCUUGUAUGUGGAACGAAACGGUGACUUCUAUGUACUUAAUGUGUCAUGUGUCAUAACUGUGACGUGUUAUUAACGGGUAUUCCUCAAAUUGAAAGGCGGUGGCUUUUGUAAACUAUAAUACGUUCAUUUAAUUUCGGUGUGCUGCCAAAGUCGUCAAAGAUAUUUUAAUUCUAGGAAUGCUUUAUACAAAUCUCUAUGUGCAAUAUUUUGAAACGGCUUGAUCAGCUCAAAGUUGAAAUCAGGCUAGUUAGGCUCGUGUAAAUAUGUUUAUAAUUAACUUAGCAUUAUGAACUUGUGAUAUUAGUUUGUAAGUGAAUUUUAAUACUAUUUAUUGAAAACGUUUACAUAUUUUUGUUUGAAUAAAAC